UCAGGGUCACGCUCGUGUAUCCAAUCACAGCUCGUCUUGAGAAAAAGGGGCGGGCGGUAGAGUAACCAAUCUCUUGACUGUGUGACUGAGUACAACUUCCGGGCGCAUCGUCCUCUGGAAAUCCCAACGAUGGGCAGUGUUUUGGCUGCCAGCUCCCCCAACCCUCCGCCCCCGGCCUCUGGGGCAGCCGUCGCUCCGGGGUUGACGGUGCCGCCGGGCUUCGGGAUGCCUCCGGUGUCCUCUGUUCUCUCCCCAGCUGAGGUGGCUGCAGGCCAGCAGCAGGAUGCAGAAAACCCUUUGCCUAACCCGGGCGCAUUCGAUGAGUGUCAUCGCAAGUGUAAAGAGGUGUUCCCAAUGCAGAUGGAAGGUGUCAGGCUAGUUGUCAAUAAGGGCCUUAGCAACCACUUCCAGGUGAAUCACACUGUCUUGCUGAGCACCGUUGGAGAUUCCACCUACAGGUUUGGUGCAACAUAUGUUGGAACAAAGCAGAUGGGUCCUGCAGAGUUCUUUCCAGUCAUGGUGGGAGACAUGGACAACAGCGGCAGCCUCAACGCCCAAAUCAUCCACCAGAUCUCCAGCGGAGUACGAUCCAAAUUGGCCUUCCAGACACAACAACAGAAGUUUGUGAACUGGCAAGGCGACGCUGAGAUCAGAGGAGAAGAUUUCACUGCAACAGUCACACUAGGAAACCCAGACGUCCUCGUCGGCUCUGGUAUCGUUGUAACACACUACCUCCAGUCUGUAACACCGGCUCUGGCUCUGGGAGGGGAGCUGGUUUACCACCGCAGGCCGGGAGAGGAAGGUUCAGUCAUGUCUUUAGUCGGCAGGUACACAGGUAGUAACUACAUCGCCACAUUGACACUGGGCUCAGCCGGCGCUCAUGCUUCAUACUAUCACAGAGCCAACGAUCAGCUGCAGCUCGGUGUGGAGUAUGAGGCGAGCACACGCAUGCAGGACACCAGCGUGUCAUUUGGCUACCAGCUAGAUGUGCCUAAAGCCAAUUUACUCUUUAAAGGCUCUGUAGAUAGUAACUGGAUCGUCGGUGCGACGUUAGAGAAGAAGCUGCUCCCUCUGCCGCUCUCUCUGGUCCUCAGCACCUUCCUCAACCACCGCAAGAACAAGUUCCAGUGCGGCUUUGGCGUCACCAUCGGUUAGACGGACUGAGCGGCGAGUCAUCAACCGGAUGACAGACUACACAGAGCGGACAGAUUCACUAAGGACGAGCAGACUUUGUCAUGUACACUACCGUGUGUCUCCCUCACCUCCAUCUGUUGCUCUAAUCGGACAUUUUCAUGUUAUUGGUUUCAUCAAAGGUACUGAAAAAGGUUAUAAUGUAAAUCUAACGCAUUUCAUCCUAAAAGAAAAAGAGGCCAGAUUGGUCAGAAGUGUAUCUCAGAACUUAACUGAUCAGGAUUUUGUUUACUGUGUUUACUCUCGACACAAACAAAAAACCUCAUUAAGAGACUUGACAUAAUCCGGAGCUCUUUGUUUCUGUCACUGACUUUGUGCCUGUUGCUUCAGAUCUGAUUUUUAUUCUUGUGUUUUUUUGUAUUACUGUAAGUCAGACUUGACAUGCAGAUGAAAUAAUUUCAUUUUGUUUGUUUUUAGUUAAUUUUUUUUUGUUACAGAGAAGUUUACCAGGAAGGAGUACUGUACUGCAUGUAACGUUCACAGUCCAUCUUGUUUUGUUGCCUUUUUUAUGUCACGUCGAUAGAAAACAGUAAAUAUAUGACCUGUAUAUACCUCUUGGAAACUGAUAAAUACCAUUUCUUACAAAAAA